AUGUCUAAACUCAUUGUCGUCUUUGGAGCUACCGGAAACCAAGGAGGCUCUGUGGUCGACGGCAUCCUGCAGGACCCGGUAUUGAGUAAGGAGUUCAGAAUCCGCGGUAUCACUAGGGAUGUCACCAAGCCUGCAGCGAAGCAGUUGGAGAGUAAGGGCGUGGAGGUGAAAAGUGCGGACAUGAAUUCUCCGGCAUCCGUCGGCAAGGCGGUUACCGGGGCUCAUACCGUCUUCCUAGUGACAAAUUAUUGGGAGACCAUGGAUCCAGAGAAAGAAUACAACCAAGGCAAGAAUGUGGCAGAUGCUGCUAAAGAAGCCCACGUCUCUCAUUUGAUUUACUCUUCCCUCUAUCACAUCAUGGACGCUAGCGCCGGUGCACUCCUGAACGUUCCGCACUUCGACACCAAAGCUAAUACCGAAGUGUACAUUCGAGAAUUGAGGAUUCCGGCCACAUUCGUCUUACCAGGGUAUUUCAUGUCCAAUUUCCUGACCUCACUGAACAAGGGAGAGGAUGGCACAUACACUCUCAUGUUACCCUUGACAGACAAGGCUCAGUUCCCCCUUUUUGAUGUUUCCGACACAGGCAAAUAUGUCGUAACGGCAAUUAAGAACCGUGACUCCCUUCUCGGCAAGCAAAUCCUCGAAGCCGUGGAUUAUUACUCCCCCGGUCGCAUCGUCGAAGAGUUCGAGCAAGUGACCGGCCACAAAGCGAAAUUCCUUACUAUCGAUGCCGACGAUUAUGUCAAAUUUCUUCCAGCGUCAGUUGCCCAAGAAAUGCUCGAGACACACCAAUUGUUAGAGAAUCCGGGAUAUUAUGCCGGCGCGAGCUUGGAUAAAAGUUUGAAAUUGGUUGAGCAGAAGCCGACAACCUGGAAGGAGUAUGUGGCAAGUAGAAGCGAGUGGAAAUGA